CGCGUCCUCGUCCUCGAACGCGUCGAGCUGCGUCAAGCCUACCCACUUGCCAUUUGCCCUUUCGACACCAUAUCCCUACCUUGGACUCAUCACGGCCAUGGCAUCAGCUGCAUCGUCCUCAAAAGCUCCAGAAACCAAGGAGAGAGAGUCCUCGAAGGGGGAGCAAACUGUGCCGCAUCUGGGCAUGCUCGAGGAGGACGAUGAGUUCGAGGAGUUCACUGUAGCAGACUGGGAUGACUCCCAAACCGAUCUCGCGCACCUUGGCGGCGCGCCACCAGGCGCGGCGAAGAGCGGCGGUGACAAGCUCUGGGAGGACAACUGGGACGACGAUGAUAUUGAGGAUGACUUCAGCGUGCAGCUGAGAAACGAGCUCGCGAAGAAGAGUAAUGGAGGGAAAGGCCCUGAGCCGAUGCAGCACUAGCACCACCAAGUUUCACCGGACACCUGAAGAGCGUUGUGCAAUCGUGCUUUCCCCUUCGCUACUGCUAGUCAAUGUAUAACUCAGUUUACUGCGUUCGUGAGAUGGUCAAGACGAUGCUAUCAUACAGUGUACGGGUGAGCCGAGGUUGCGCAUGCUGACGAGUGUCCUGCGUAGCACAUCAACUUUCGUGGUGUUCUUCCCUCGUACAAAGUGCAUCCAGAUCAUUCAUCGAAGGUUCAUCUAGUUACUAAUCACAUUGAUUUGAGGUCC